UUUCUUUAUCCACGACUUGCUAAAUUUAGAUAGAGUGUCAUAAAUCACAAUACCAAAACGACAGAGAACAAUAAUAACAAUAAUGUCAGUGUACUAUAUCUCAGCCUACUACUCAUUGUUUUAAUUAAUGGACAAUUAAUAUUCUACAUUCUAUCGGAAAUAAAUUUAUAAAUUACUUCAAGCCACCCAACAAAUGUUUAUUAUUUAUUUAUAUAAUACGUCAGACUAGUGUCGUAUUUUUUAAAAAUUUAAAUACAUAUAUAUAAAUAAAUGAUACAGUAAAAAUGAAUGAUGGUUGUCAGUAGUAUUACGAUAAAUUAACAGUCAACUUGGAUAUUGUUAUGAAACAUGAAUUUCAGUGAGCCCCAGAUUGUUUACUGAUUUUCAAAUAUAUAGUGGCGUGAUUCGUUAUCAUCAUUUGAUUGUCCAUCAUACCUGACACGUGAUUCAAUUUUCAUAUUUAAAAUACCUUUUUAUCUAGACUCGAGAAAAUGGCAGAAAGAGCUCAGACACCACAAGCACCAACAGUUAAAAUUGGUAAUUAUAUUCUAGGAAAUACACUUGGAGUUGGUACAUUUGGUAAAGUUAAAAUGGGAGAACACGUGAUAACAAAACACAAAGUGGCAGUAAAAAUAUUAAACCGUCAGAAAAUAAAAACAUUAGAUGUAGUCGGUAAAAUCAGACGUGAAAUAGAAAAUCUUACGCUGUUCCGUCAUCCCCACAUUAUUAAAUUAUAUCAAGUAAUGAGCACACCCACGGAUAUAUUCAUGAUAAUGGAGUAUGUGUCAGGUGGUGAACUGUUUGAUUACAUUGUCAAGCAUGGGAAAUUAAAGGAACACGAGGCAAGACGUUUCUUUCAGCAAAUUAUUUCCGGAGUUGAUUAUUGUCACAGGCAUAUGAUUGUGCACCGGGACUUGAAGCCUGAAAAUUUAUUACUGGAUCACAAUCUGCAUGUCAAAAUAGCUGAUUUCGGUCUGUCAAAUAUUAUGACAGACGGUGAAUUUUUGCGCACAUCAUGCGGCUCGCCAAAUUAUGCAGCACCUGAAGUGAUAUCUGGUAAACUCUAUGCCGGACCUGAAAUAGAUAUCUGGUCAUGCGGAGUCAUACUUUACGCGCUACUCUGUGGAACGCUGCCAUUCGACGAUGAACACGUUCCUACGUUAUUUAGAAAAAUAAAGUCAGGAAUUUUUCCAAUCCCCGAGUAUUUAAACAAAAGUGUUGUGAACCUUCUUUGCCAUAUGAUGCACGUCGACCCGAUGAAGCGAUCGACUAUCGAGGAUAUAAAAAAACACGAGUGGUUCGAAAAAGAUUUGCCAGCUUAUCUGUUCCCAUCGUCUGUCGAACAAGAGUCAUCGGUCAUUGAUGUCGAGGCUAUAAACGAAGUCUGUGAAAAAUUUAAUGUCAAAGAAGAAGAAGUCUACGCGGCUUUGCUCAACGGCGAUGCUCAUGAUAAUCUCGCGAUUGCUUAUCAUUUAAUUAUCGACAAUCAACGAAUUGCUGAUGAAGCUGCCAAGACAGAGUACAAAGAAUUUUACAUGGCUUCUAGUCCACCACCACCAGCCACCACUACUGGCUCUAAUGAUUCUAUCAAUAGUCCAAUAAGGCCUCAUCCUGAAAGAAUUGCUCCAUUUAGAGAACGUUCUCAAUCAGCAAGUAUUCCUUCAGUAACUCAGGGUAAAGCUGCUGCAGCAACAGCCACUAAAAGAGCUAAGUGGCACUUGGGUAUUCGCUCUCAAUCAAAACCUAAUGACAUAAUGACUGAAGUAUUUCGUACUAUGAAAAAUCUUGAUUUCGAAUGGAAAAUAAUAAAUGCUUAUAGUGUACGAGUACGACGUAAAAAUAAAUUAACUGAACGAUACAGUUACAUGUCUCUGCAAUUAUAUCAAGUUGAUUAUCGUAGUUAUUUAUUAGAUUUUAAAUCUGUGUCUGAUGAAAACGAAAAUCCUAAUAGAGAUCCAAUGCAACCUGCGGCAGUGGGAGGUCAUCGAACAAUGGAAUUUUUCGAAAUGUGCGCUGCCCUAAUAACACAUUUGGCGCGCUAACUAAAUCAGCGAAUAUUUAUAAAAAUAUUUAAUAAGUAUUAAGAUAUUAU